AGGCUCUCUCUGCUCUGAGGGAAGAGAGGCAGGGAGGGACCCAUGGAAGGACCCCUUGCCUCCUCCUCCUCCUUCCUCCUUCUUCCCUUCCCUGCUAAGAUGCUCCGGGGAGGAGGCACAGGCGCAGCUGAGGCGCCCUGACAUCUUCCUCCUCCUCCUCCUCCUCUUCUUUCCACCAUGGACAGCUUCGACUUGGCUCUCCUGCAGGAAUGGGACCUGGAUUCCCUCUGUGCCUUUGAUCCUGACAGAAAUAUGUUGCGCAGGAAAGAAUGGGAAAGGAGAAAUCAGGAUACCCAGCAUGAAGAUGGCAUAUUUAACACAGGUUACUCCCUCUUCAGUGAACCAUACAAGACUAACAAGGGGGAUGAACUCUCAAGUCGGAUUCAAAAUACACUGGGCAACUAUGAUGAGAUGAAAGAGCUGUUGACUGAUAGAUCCAAUCAAAGCCAUCUUGUUGGCGUUCAAAAGCCCUGUAUCUCACAAACAUCUGUGAAUAAAACUGAGGAACACUUUACUGUUGACCCAAAGCCCCAUACUCAGGCUUCCAUUUGCAGUCCUCCAACUUCCUUGCAGGUGCCACCAUCUGAACAGCUGAACAAAGCCACAACAAUGAGUUGGCAAAAGUCUGGACAUACUUCAGAGAGCCAGCCAAGGGGAACCAAACAUAGGCAUGGACUACCUGAUACACGUAAUAAUGACUUCAAGAUAGCUAACCAAAAGAACAGCUUAGAAAAGGUGAAGCUUUAUGCCUCCACUCCAUCAUCACCAUCUUUAUCCAGUGCUGCCCAGGGCCCUUUAUCAUCUACAACUGUAGACAGCAUCCGAACACAGCAGCAGCCAAAGCUGAGCUGUAGUGCAGAUGUUGGAGUCCAAGCUCAAGAAAGGCCAGCAAUGCAUAGCAAUGGACACUGUGUACAAAGUUUCCCCUCCUCAAAGCCCAGUAUAGUUCAGCAAAAACCGACAGCUUAUGUAAGGCCAAUGGAUGGUCAAGAUCAGGCUCCUGAUGAAUCUCCAAGACUAAAAGUAUCAGCUGAAACUAGCAUGGUCUGUAGCUCAUAUAGAGGGACACCUUCAGCUAAAACAGACUCAGCUAGGACCAAGUCAAAAAUGACAAAAUGUAAUAUCUCCAAGCAAGAAGAAGAUGAAGCAGGAGAUGACAGCUGUGCUGAAGAAAUUUUACGGGACUCGCAACAUGUUUCUACUGGGCACAACAAUCAAAGAAAAGAUGACAUUGAGCCAAAGAAUCUAGAAAACAGGACAUCACAUACAUCAAUGUUAGAAGAUGACCUCAAGCUGAGCAGUGAUGAAGAGGAGAAUGACCAGCAGGCAGCACAGAGAUCUGCUCUCCGGGUUCUAUCUGACAGCACUUCUGUACAGCAGCCUAGCUGCAGAAUCUCUGGAAUAUCCAGCAAACGUUCAAGCAGCAGCAGUUCCAGUGAAUCCGAAAGCAGUUCAGAAUCUGACUCAGAGAGUGAAAGCAGUUCUGCUGAGAGUGACUGCAACAAGCCUCCUCAUUAUUCCAGUCCAGAGCCUGAACAGCCAUCAUCAAACAAGUGGCAGUUGGAUAAAUGGUUAAAUAAGGUUAAUCCUCACAAAGCACCUAUUUUGAACCACAACGGACUAGAGAGUUUUCAGUAUUAUAGCAAAGUAAAAGACAAAGGGCAAGACUGUGAAAGUAUACCUGCUAUUUGCCAAAGCAGUCUCAGAGAUAAAGAAGUUAAGAAUCCCAGCAAGGAGGAACUGAGUCCUAGAACAGCUAAUAAAGCCCAGGGGCAUAAAGGAACAAAGCAAAAACCACCUUCUUCCACUGCUACAGUUUCUGUAGACAGUGGUCUUCUGAGAAGGACAGCAUGUAAAAAACAGCCAAGAAAGACAGAGAGGACCUCUGGUGGUGAUAGUUUAAACAGCCACACAGCUGACAAUCUUGACUUCAACCAAGUACAUUUGGAAAAUAACAACCUGUGUGAACAACCUAAACUUAAGCCCUGCACUAGCAAAGCUGAGCAUAGAAAGGAACCGCGGUGUGUCACUGCCUGUGAAAAGAGACGUACGAGGGGGUCGGGUAAAACAGCACCUAAGUCCAAGGAAUUUGUUGAGACGGAGUCUUCAUCUUCAACUUCCUCAGAUACAGAUUCUCAGCCCGAGCAAGAGGAAUAUCCUUUACACAAGCCUCAAACUGUGGCCUCGGCACCAAUUGGAAGUGACCAGAAGCUGAGGGACUCUGGGAGUAAUAAUACCAGCAAAGGAAAUAGCUGUGGUGCCUUUGGUUCAGUGAACACACGGACUAGUAACGACAUAGCAAAGGAGCUGGAUGAACAGUUUUACACACUUGUUCCUUUUGGCAGGAAUGAACUCCUGUCUCCUUUGAAAGACACAGAUGAAGUGAAAGCACUUUGGGUCAAAAUUGAUUUGACUCUUUUAUCCAGAGUUCCACAACACCUACCUGAGGAGCCACGGCUAAUGAGCACUGGCAGCAAAGAAGCAGUCAGUAUGCAGCACAACAUUGUCCCUGACCUACUAGCAGAAAAGGUUAUCCCCAAAACUAGAAGGAAACGUAAGUAUGAAAAUGAGGAAGAGAUCAGGGAGAGCAAGAAGAUUCACAUUGAGCAACAAUGUUCCUCACAUUUACUUGGUCCACGCCAAGUUAUUUCUACACCAAAUCACUGCAACAUGCUGAAAAACAGCUUGGGAACACCAAUAAAUAAAAAUGAGAAAAUGCUUCAGUCACCUGUCUCACCCCUCUCUGAUGCAUCAAAACACAAAUGUUCCAGUGAUGAUUUAACCUCGUCUAGCAAGCGUAAUGGUAGCAACCUCUUAUCUUCCAUAUCCUCAAGCAAAAAACACAAGAGCGAGAGCCAACCCCACCUUCACCCUGGAGAUUUCAGUAAAGCAGUGUAUGUCAAUUCUGACAGGACUCUACUCUGCAACAAGACACAGUGCCAAAAAGAGCCCUGGUCACCUGUAUCCAGUAGGCACCAAGACUGUAGGAGAUUGAAGGUCAACAUUAGUGAUGGGCCACAUAAUAUAGAUUAUUUUAUGCAGGAAGCUAAGAGGAAAAAACAUAAAGCAGAUGCAAUGGUGGAGAAAUUUGGCAAGGCGCUGAAUUAUGUUGAAGCUGCAUUAUCGUUUAUUGAAUGUGGAAAUGCCAUGGAACACGGGCCCAUGGAAUCUAAGUCUCCAUACACAAUGUAUUCUGAAACAGUUGAACUCAUCAGGUAUGCUGUGAGACUAAAAACCCAUUCAGGCCCCAGUGCUACUCCAGAAGAAAAACAGUUAGCAACGUUAUGUUAUCGAUGUUUGGCACUUUUAUACUGGAGAAUGUUUCGACUCAAAAGAGACCACGCUGUAAAAUAUUCUAAAGCACUUAUUGAAUAUUUCAAGAAUUCAUCUAAAAGUGCACAAGCACCAUCUCCGUGGGGUGCCAGUGGAAAGUAUACAGGAACACCCUCUCCCAUAUCACCCAGCCCGUCCCCUGUGAGUUCUGUGGGGUCCCAGGGGAGCACAGGAACCCCUUCCCCCUCUUCCAUCAUCACCAUUCCACAGCGAAUACACCAGAUGGCAGCCAAUCAUGUUAGCAUCACCAACAGCAUCUUACAUAGCUAUGACUACUGGGAGAUGGCUGACAAUCUUACCAAGGAAAAUCAAGAUUUCUUUAAUGAUUUGGAUGCCCUGAUGGGACCUGUCACCUUGCACAGCAGUAUGGAACUUUUGGUCCAGUACACCCAACAAGGACUUCACUGGAUCAGGAACAGUGCUCAGUUUUCAUAAUAUCCAUCUGAACAGUAGACUCCUCCACAGACUAUUAAAUUAUUCUAGACACUGUGCUACAGAAAUACGCAACCACAGCAUUGCUUCAAAUCAAUGUGAAUAUUUCUUUUAACACUGAACAAUAUUUUUUCAAAGUACAAAAUCAGUGUGUAUGUAUAUUAUGCAAUGUUUGUCUCUUUGGAUGAAUUAUACUUUAAUACUCUCCAAAUAUCCUUUCAGUUAUUGUAAAGAAGAAAACUGAAAUAUGCGUGUAGAACAAACUCUCUCUCUCUCUCUCUCUCUCUCUCUCUCUCACACACACACACACACACACACACACAGACAGACCCUGGAAUGCUAAUCCUGAACCUUAUGGGUUGAUUUAACCAAGUACAGCAAACUGCAGAACCUCUGAUAUAGAAAAUCAUUUUUUACUCUACUUCAAGCACAAUCAUAAAUUUCUGAAAAGAUGGUUUCCUGACUUAGACCAAUUGUAGCCACACUGAAAGAUUUUCUAUUCAUAAAGUGCAUUUAUUCUGUGUUUUACAUCGAUGGACCACUUCUCUUUUCUUGGGGCAAAUUUAUCUUCCAGACAAGAUGCUGGAUGACAACUUGCAUGCAUGUUGACACCUUUCCUUCCCUUGCACUACUACUUUCUUCAUGAGCAGUCAGGCUCAUACAUAAUAAUAAAGUUAGUAGUAUGUAACAGUGAGGGCGUCUUUCCACUUACAUGCAUAAUAUUUCAUACAAAAUAUAUAGCAUACAAAUUACAUACCUUGCAUUAUUAUCCUUGAAUGCUCAGUGUUUAUUUUGUAAUCUUUGCUGAAGUCACACAGUAGCUGCCCUUUGCAAUCCUGAACAAGGUCAGAAAAGAGCAAGAUUGCUCAUCCACAGUUUUUCUAGGCUUUUUAGCUUUAUUUCAAUUUACCUUGUGCUUGAAGUAAGUGUGACAUUAGUUGUACCAACUCUAGAAGAACUAGAGUAACUCUGAAUUUACUGCAUCCAAAACUGUCUCUUCCCAAAACUCUUUUAGCGCCUUACUCUUGCUCUCAUUAGUGGGAACACUGCCAGUGCAAGAGCAGACAGAGAGCACCCCUUCCCAUUCUGGCCAAACUGAAUCAUGACCAUUCACCCAAGCUAGCAGUUUUGGGUUAGAAUUGCUGUACCUAUCAUUAAUAUCCAAUAACUCUACAUAGCUCCAGAAACUCAUUAAGUUCUCCCCUAUGUACACAUGACACUUUUUUGAUCUAUUGCUCAAAGAUAGUUUUUCUGAGUCUUAUCUAUCAAAUUUAUCAAAGAGAACCAUACUUAAAUGGGUACUUGAUAUGCUACCAAUAAAAUUUAGCAGGAAUAAAUGAAACAUUUUUAGAGAGCAAGAGCUUUUGGAAUAAGCACCUUGGCAGAACAUAACUCUCCCCCAGAAUACUUAUACAGCUGGCAAGCGUAGCUCCAUCAUCUCAGUUUCCUCCCCAAGCGUGCAACAACAGGCUGGGCCUCCUGGGUACAGCUUCAUUCCUUCCCCCACACCCAGCUACUGACCAACUGUGGAGGUAUGCCUGGCCACAUCCCACCUUCUACCUUUGCACACCCAGGGAGGAAGGGGCAGUCUCUUCUCCAUGUGUAAGAUUCCUUCUUCCCUGUGUCUAUGAGGACAGCUGGAAUGUGCUCAGACACCACUCCACACACACACAACUGAUCAGUAUUGUGAGGAUGGAGCUGGACCUGGGUGCCCACAUCAUGACAAGGGGUGUUGUGCAAGAAGGUACUGAAUACAUUCUUCCACAAUGCCCCCAAAAGGAUAUACACCAUUGUAACCAGGGGUUACUCCACUGUAUGUCAGUUACAAGAUUCUAGUUUAUGCAUGCAGUUAAGUGAUUCCCAAACUCUGGUAUUCCAGGUGUUUUGGACUACAGCUCCCAGAAGUCUCUGCCAUCUUGGUCAGUUGUCUUGCUUACUGGGAGCUGAAGUCCAAAUCACCUAGAAGCUCAUAGUUUGGGAAGCAUUGAUCUAGAAUAUGAAGUUCUGUCUCAAAAUGAAGAAGAGGUUCUAGAGAGAAAACCCCAACACCUCAAGAACAUUAUUAGGCAAAUGUAAGAUGUAUUUAAAACUAUCCAGGCUUAAUUAUUGUAUGAUUGUGAUUAUUACUUGACUGAUUUCUGUUUACCAAAUUCCAGAGGCCUCACUACGGUUGGCGUAACCCAGUGCAGUAACUCAUGGUGUCAACCCACCCACCCAUUGAUCUCCUUCCAUACCACACCAUGCAGAAUCCUUAGUCAUCUUUUUUGUACUACUGCUACUCAUUCACUGUAAUCCCUGCAUAACACUGAAUGUCAUGUUAGUGCACUUGUGCCCUGAUUUGUCAGUCCAUUACAGGCACUUGGAUAUUAAUUCUCCAAAGAGAAUACUGCAUGCAAGAUCUUUUUACUUGUCAGAGGACUGGCUAGGUAUGCAAAAAAAAAAGUCAUGGUCACAUAAGAAGUCCCAUCUCUCUGUAAUUGAAGGUGAACACUCAAUUGAAGGUGAACACUCACAUGGCAGUACUGAGUCCCAAUUCCCACGUACACUUAAUAUCUGGUUUUGUGGCUUUUUAUCUUCCUAAAUUGUGAUUUCCAGGGAGGUAGCUGUGCUAGUCUAUUGUAGUGAAAACAACAAAGAGCCUUGUUGCACCGAAAGAAUUAUCAAGUAUUAUUGGUCAUAAGCUUUUGUGGACCUUAGCACUGAAGAAGCACUGUACCAUGCAUCUGAGGUUUUUGUCCAGGAGACCUUAUACCAAAUAAGACCUGUUAGUAUUUUGGGUUUCACAAUAUUCUGUAUUUUCCUAGUUUUUAAGAGCUUUGCUUCAAUCCAGCUAGAUAAAUAGAGUGCAUUCCUAGAAAUUCUGAAUUCUUUUAAAAACUUUUUGCACAUUAGUAUACAACUUUUUUUACCUAUUCAAUUUUAGGGCACUACACUUAUCUUCCACAGGUUGAAGUUCUUGGUGUAAGGACACAAGUAUGUACACUCUGUAAACAAACUAAUGAGUGUGAGAGAGAACAGGGUUUUAGCAAUGUAUGCAAGGGCACAUCUAAUAUAUGCCUCCAUGUGUCUUUUUCUCUAUUAUUGUAGAAAAUCAGAUUCAAAUCUUUUCCUCCUUCACAAAAUGGCCCAAACCCCUGCCCACCUUCUUCUUGUAUACCCUUACAGCCAUAUAGUGACCAGAGGAGAGCAAGGGAAGACUGAGAAACAUCUGACACAACAAUUAAGGUGUCUUGCUCUGGAGGCCCUAGAAGAUGAUAUAUUUGUUGUACUUCUUGCUGUAGUCACAGUGCCAGAUGCUUCUCAGUUGUACCCUGCUCUCUACUGACAACUGCUUGGUCAUAGAGUGUCAGGAUGCAUAGAAGAAAGUGAGUCCUUCAACUGGGAAUGGAGAGAUCUUUCCUAGUUCCACCAGGAUGUUACCAACAUUUGCUAGUCCCAACUGGGCUAGAUGUAUUGGACCAAAGAGAACUUGGGGAGUCCACACCAUUGACACUUUGUUCACUUUGGGUCUGCUGUGGUUGGGGCUAUUGUUUGGACUUAGCCAUGUGCUCAUAUAACUUCUAAACAGGAAAAAUGUAGCAAAACUAGAAUGUGAAAGGAAUUAAUGAUUUCUUAUAGAGACAUAAUUCUAAUAACGACAGUGGGCAUCAUAAUUUGGACUGGUGACAGUGAGAUCACACCAGUGUAGAAGGUUAUCAGUGAAUUUCUAUGGAAAGACUAUUUCAUUUUUAAAUGGCUAGCCUUCGAAACUAUGCAUUAGCACUCAAAGGUACAUUUCCACACAUGAUCCCCAGUUAUCAACAAGUUAUUAAAAAGCAGGAUAUUUUUUAUGAGGAUAACCAUUUGAACUUUUCUGCUUGAGGCAUCUGUCCACAAGACUGCAUUUGACAUAAGUCUUAAUGUGUGUUUAAUACAAUGGGCUUUCUUACUGCAAUUUUUCACCAAAAUAAUAACAGAGUUUAGGUAUUGAUGUGGAUUAAAUACCUCUCUUUUUCUCUCUUUCAUAGGUAGCAGAUGUGACACAUGCAUGUUUACUCAGAAGUAAGUGUCAAUAUGUUCAGUGGACCUUACUCUCUUAAGUGUACAUAGAUUUGCUGCCUAAGUGAUUCAGACUAGUAAACAAUGGCAACUGAGCAUUUAGCUGUUUUACAAGUUGUUUUUUUAAAAAAGAAAAUUUUAUCAAAUUACUAUUUUAAUCUGCAAACAUUUCUGAAAGCGUAUCCAAUUUGAAGAAGGCUAAACGCAGGUUAAUCUUAAUGUAUAGGAUUUACCGCUCAUCUCAGCAGAAACUAUUGCAAAAAAAUUGUCUACUGGCAACAAUAAUAUGCAGAAUAGUUUCUUUAUGGCAAUCAUUCACAUUUUAGUGAGUUACAAUGAUUCAUGCAAUCACAAGGAAAGUAAAAGGUGUCAUGUAUUAUGUGAUGAAGGAAAAUACAAAUUCCUUUGUCAAUAUCCAGUGGCAUACUUUGAUAUCCAAUGCCAGCAGAAUCAGCAGUGUCCACCUGCCCUUGCUGGAAUCCUCUCUGGCACAAAAAUGAAAAACUGUUCCAGAGAGUUUCACAUCCCUCUAGAGUCAUUUUUGGGAUGGAUGGGUGGCUACAGGAGAAUGAAGGAAAUCACCCAUUCUCAGGGAAGUAGUAAUAUCCAACCCAAGUACACCUUUGAAUUAUGGCCCUUUGGUCACUUGGAGAAAUGGAUGCCACAGAUGAUUGGUUUUUCAUGUUUUUAGAUGUUCUUGGCAAAAAGCAAGCAGGUGGGAUUGCAUCCAAUUUAAUGUUACUGAAGAAAGUAUAAGUGGUGCCAUUGUUCUGCUAGCAUUAGCACAAAUGCUAAUUCCACAACUAAUACAACAAAUCCAGACAAAUACCCAACAUAAUGAAAUCAUAAUGAGUAACAAAAGCAUUUAUACAAUAGCUUGCACUAGCACUUGUGCAGGCAACAUCAGCAUAUAGGUGUGGUGCUUUAAAGUUCAGCAACAUCAAAAUUUUCUGUGUAGUGAUAGAUUUGUAAUAUACCACAAUAUAGGAAAACCAAAAAAAGUUAUUUUUAAUAGUUGCUGUUUUCAUACCAUUACUCUACUUACUUGUUUUUGUGCCUUUGUAAAUCAGUUUGAGUGUAUAUGUCUUAUGAAAAGGCAACUAAAUUUAAUAAGAUCAAAACACAUGCAAGCAUUACUGCCUAUGUUCCAGUCUACUACGUGCCAAACAGUUGUAUGAACUAUUUAGUUCAACUGUUCAUCUGACCUAGGAAAGCUUUGCACAAAAUAUUCUUUUUUACUCCCAAGUAAUGAUAGACUCAUGGAGUUGGAAGGAUCCCAUGGACCAUCUUGUACAACCUCACCAUACAGGAGUACACAGCUAAACCACUCCUGAGACAUGAACCAUCCAAGUUCUUUUUAGACUUUUAACAAAGGAGAGUCUCCACCACCCUUCAAAACAGUCCUUUCCACUGUCAAACAGCAGUCACCAUCUGGGAAUUCUUCAUAAUAUUUCUUGUAAUUUGUUUUAAGUCAUGAAUCUCUUCAAAGAAGUACAGUGGAGCCUUGUUAUACACUGGGGUUUGGUUCCAUGAUCCCCCAUGGAUAACAAAAU